CGUCCUCCGUAUCCCAGCGCCGCGCUGCUAACGGUAAGCUAAGUCAACAGAGCGCUGUGUCUGUGUCGUAGAUCGUUUGUUCGACAUCUUAUCGGUUUGUCAAACAGCCCUGGACCGCGUAGAACACCCCGGUACCAUUUACUCGUAUUUGUCUGGGAUGUAUGGAUGGAUAGUUGACGGAAUCUCGUCGCUGUUUGAGUCCGUUUCGGGCCAAAACCCCUCCGAGUGGCCCGGGAAAGGUAACGUUGGCGAGGCAGUACCCACGCUACCUGCCGUGAGAGCGGGAGCAGAGCCGCAGGAGAGUCACGGCAGACCGGCCAAACGGAACUACCAGAGUGUUGAUGUUGCAGACAGCGUGUGCCAGAGGGACCCAGUAGAGGUGAAGAGGCGCAGGCGAGAUGUAGUUAUUAGCUUUUUUCCUCUGUUGAUCCAGCCUGUCACUCUGAUGGGGAUAGAUGAACUCCACACCUCAUGGCUGAACAGUUCUGAGUGGAGAAUGAAUAAACCAGUGGGUGGAAUAAAUGACAAGGAUGGGAAGAAUCCCUUCCAGAGCUCCUCACCUCCUUUAAUGAGGAAAUACAGUGGAGCCGGCCUGUCUGUAGGGCUCCCCGACAGGGGAAUGGACCGGGAGAGGAGGGGCUCCCUCCAGCUGCUGCCCUCCAGACCUGCUGUUAGGGUGGGAACUGCUAACCCUGAUCCAGUCUGCAAUGGCUUUGGACACCAACGCUGCUACAAGCCCAGUCUCACUGUGGAAGAGACCAUAAAGCAGAAUGACAAGGAGCACUACAGGCGUCUGCUGGAGAUGGUAACAGAGAAAUACAGCAAAAGCCAACCUCUACCUUUUAACCAGACAAAACCACAAGAUGCAACACUGUUACAGAGUGAUCCCAUUACUAGUGCUCCAGGAAAAGUUAUUAAUCCAGGGCCCAGGAACACGGGAUACACAACUACCCCAAGUGUGUUUUCAUGGAGGAAUGCACCUGCAAUAAAAGACAGGCGCAGUAGUUUGACCUUUAGUAAAACCUUCAGUCGAGCCUUUGAGGACGCACAGCCUGUAAGAUAUACAAAGCAGAAACCAUCAUCAGAGCUGGACCUUUCUACAGAAGUCGCUACCCGCCUCAAUCUAGUGGACAGAGAAACUCCUGCAGCCAGCGUUCCCGAGACGCACACAUCACACAUAUCACAUGCAAGGCACACUGAUGAGGACAUACCUCGCCUGACAAAGGAAAUGGCAGCCGAGGUGAGCCGUGCUCUUGCUCAGAGUGAUCCAAACCUUGUUUUAAGUGCGGCUUUCAAACUACGCAUAACACAGAGAGACUUGGCCACGCUGCAGGAAGGCGGCUGGCUGAACGAUGAGGUGAUCAAUUUCUACUUCUCCCUGGUCAUGGAACGGCGCGCUGAAGAAGCUGCCGGAUUAAAAGUCUACACCUUCAGCACCUUCUUCUUCCCAAAGCUGCGAGGUGGAGGAGGCGGGCAGGCUGGUGGACACGCCGCAGUGAAGCGCUGGACCAAAGCGGUCGACCUCUUCCUCUAUGACCUCAUCUUGGUCCCUCUGCACCUGGGCGUCCACUGGGCUUUAGCUGUGAUUGAUUUGAAGUCAAAGACAGUGAAGUCUUAUGACUCGAUGGGCCAGAGACACGAUGACAUCUGUAGUCUUUUACUACUCUAUCUUAAAGAGGAACACAGAGCAAAGAAAGGCAGAGAGCUGGACAGCGCCAAAUGGACUGUUGACAGCUUGAGGGCCACUGAGAUUCCUCAGCAGAGAAAUGGCAGCGACUGUGGUGUUUUUGCCUGUAAAUAUGCUGACUAUAUCUCCAGAGGAAGACCUUUCAACUUUAAACAGUGCCACAUGCCUCUCUUCAGGAAGUUAAUGAUUUGGGAAAUCAUCAAUCAGAAGCUGCUGUAGAUGUUCACAGCAAAGACUUUCACAGUGGGAGUGACACAUGUAUACAUUUGUCAUGGUGAAGACACAGAAAUGAAUGGGCCAAAGAACUGGACUCAAAUCUGAUCCAGUCGAGCUGCUCUGGUGUGGAAAAAUCAAGCACUAGUCUUAAGAGUUUCCUGUCAGGAACGCAUUCACAUUUUGUAAUCUCUGAGUUGUAAUUAGAGACAUUAUCAAGAUGUAAGAACUUUAUGUCUUAAAGCAUUGGCACUACUGACUGAGAGGCUUUUUUAUUGACCUUUUGAUUGUUAUUUUCUCUGUUUGAAGUUCCGCCUUAAGUGCCUUCAGCUGUCUGACAAGUAGCCUGAAUUAGAGCAAGCUGUUGUAUUUUGGGGGAAUUAUUUACAACUCAAAGUCUGAGAGGCUUUGAUUCAGAAUUCAAAGAAUAAGAUAGUCACAGGGAUGUUUGUCCUUUUUAAUUUGGCUCAUCUCAAACAACGACAAUUAAAAUACCUCUCUUUCAGUCCCUUUAGAGAACAAAAAUGCAUGGUUGAGUGUUUGUGAUUUGCCUGUUUUGAUAUUAUUUAUGACUUGACUGGAUGAGAAAAUGGUAUUGAAGUGUAUGAAUUAGUGGUUUGUCCUCCAUGAGCGGAACAUUAAUAAAUGUAUCUCCAUAUGUAACAUAAGGCGCUGUUAGGUCUGUGAAUCUUUUUCUUUCUGAUGAGCAUAUUGCAUUACACUAACUUAUAGUAUAGUAUACUGCAUAGCAAACUACUGUACAAAUAUGCAUGUUUGAGUUCAUGCUUUGAAAAUGUGAUUUAUUUUUUUUGUCCCUCCAAUGUAAUAAAAUAUUUCUUUUUUUUUCAGCUCGA